CUAUUUUUCCUUCUUUUCUUUUUCUUUCUUUUCCUCUCUUUUUCUUCCCUUUUUCCUUCUUUUCCCUUUUUUUUCGUCGUUAACUAAAUUCAUCCUUUCAUUUAAUUUUUAUUCUUUAAUCACCGCAAAGAAAAAAAAAAAAAGUGAGACAUUAAAAAAAGUGCUACAGUGCAAAACGUACCAUUUUCUUCCUUCUAAUGACAACAAUUUUGCAGGGAAAAAAAAGAAACAAUUGUGUAGAAGAAAUACGAAAAAAAAUUGGUGAAGACUACAAGUUUCAAUUUUUGGCUCGUUACUCCAAACAUGUCAAGAAAUGUCUCAAUUUACAUGUGGGGCUCACUUUCGAAUGGCGGAAUUAAAAAUUACAAGAAAGAAUUAAAAAUUGGUUCACUACGGACGGCAUCGAUUUUAAUCGAAAAAAGGACAAUCAGUACGAGGCGGCAAAACGUUUCGUCAAAAUUUCGCCACAUAGCGGGAAUUUUUGCACUGGCUUCGAGGCAAAAGAAAACAGUCGAUAGGGAAGGAUGCAGUAGAUUUUCGAGACCAGUUACCGACACUAAAACGAGUAGCCAUCUUGCAAAAAGGAAUAGAGAGAAAGGGAGAGAGAGAGAGUGAGAGAGAGGGGAGAGGUGGAGGCGAAAUAGGAAAAACAAAAUGAAGGCGCUUGCGCCAGUUUCGUUAUUGAGCGAAGACCCUGGCGCCUUUUUGCAUUUCUAUCGCCCGCACCCCUUUCCUUGUUCCAUCCGCUUGGCAAUUCUUCGCUCCCCUCUCGCCCCCAAAUGUCGAGCUUUCGUUAUAAUACUCCCCUCUCUCUCUCUCUCACC